UUUAAAGGGGUAUUUAAGGCGCGGCGGUUUGAAUUCAAACAGUUCCGGCGGCCCUGAGGUGGCGGGUCAGGGCCGGAGCUGUGCGUGCCGCUCUCACGCUAUGGACAGGAACACGAAGGAGAACCACGCCGCGUACCCCGGCCGCACUGCCAAGGUUGGAAAUGCCAUUGGAGAUGGCCCCAAACGUGUCCCUGUGUCCCAGCACUCAGCCCAGAGCCGGUUACUGACCAGUGGAGUUCCAGCUCGUGUUCUGUGCCCCACAAACUUCGCCCAGCGAGUUCCUGUGCAAUCCCAAAAACCUGUACUCUCAACCCAAAAACUGUCCAACAACCAAACAACGCAGCAGCUCCGACCCAAACUGCCCCAGGCCACUGUGACACCUCAGGCUGCAAGCAAGAGCAGUGAAAAACCUCCCCAGGCUGCAGCACCUGCAAAAAAUCCUGAUGCAGAAAGCACCUCUAAACAGAAAACUGAAGAGAGUGUCAAGAAGAAAACUGAAGAGACUGAAAAGAAGAGUGAAGAAACUAAAAAAAGGCAAUGGUCUCUUGAUGAUUUUGAAAUUGGUCGCCCUCUGGGGAAAGGAAAAUUUGGGAAUGUGUACCUGGCACGUGAAAAACAGAGCAAAUUUAUUCUUGCACUGAAAGUGCUCUUUAAAACACAACUUGAGGAAGCUGGUGUAGAACAUCAGCUACGAAGGGAAGUGGAAAUACAGUCUCAUCUUAGGCACCCCAACAUUCUCAGAUUAUAUGGCUACUUCCAUGAUGUGACAAGAGUCUAUCUGAUCCUGGAGCAUGCACCUCGUGGAGAAGUCUACAGGGAACUUCAGAGGCUCACCAAGUUCGAUGAGCAAAGAACUGCUACUUACAUCACAGAACUUGCAGAUGCCCUCUCGUACUGUCACUCCAAGCGUGUGAUCCACAGAGACAUCAAGCCAGAGAACUUGCUGCUUGGAUCAAAUGGAGAGUUAAAAAUUGCUGACUUCGGGUGGUCUGUGCAUGCUCCAUCUUCUCGGAGAACAACUCUCUGUGGGACACUUGACUACCUGCCUCCUGAAAUGAUUGAAGGAAGAACACAUGAUGAAAAGGUGGACAUUUGGAGCCUGGGAGUUCUGUGCUACGAAUUCCUUGUAGGGAAACCACCUUUUGAAACAAAAACCUAUCAAGAAACCUACAGAGCUAUUUCCAGGGUGGAAUUCAAGUUUCCUCCAUUUGUAACAGAAGGGGCGAGGGAUUUAAUUUCCAAGCUCCUGAAGCAUAACCCCUUCCAUCGCCUGCCCCUGAAGGAUGUACUUAUCCAUCCCUGGAUCACAGCAAACUCUACCAAGACUCCCACCAGCAGGAAGAGUGGUGGUGCUGCCCCAUCCAAAACAUAGUUUUAGGAGGGUGACUUGUGGGAUCAACAAGAGGAGCCUGGUACUGUGACUACUGUAAUGCUUACAAUAGGAAAAGCAGGUCUUGGAAUCUAGUGGCAACUGGGAUGAAAAUCCUUGGGUUGGCUGGUGUCUUAAACUCUAAUUGCAGCAUAAAGUUACUUGACUUUCUAGCUGGAGCUUGUGGAAUAUUUAAUGUACUUGAAAUCAGUUCCAUGUGGGCCAGGUUUGCUGAUGUAAGUAUGAAGCUGUUGGAGGCUCUUGUGCUGUGGUCUGUGCUGAAAAUGGUUCGUUGUUCCACCACAAGGAAGUUGUUCUGGCUUAUGGAACAGUGCAAUAUCCUGGAGAUGCCUGCUCCUCCCUCCCUGGGCUGCUCAGGGUGUCUUACCUGUGGUGCAACCUGAAACUGAGCGAGGUGAAUGCCUUUUUCCAGUGUUCUAAGAAUGAUGUGGCAAUUGGUUGUGUCUCUAGUUUUAAAUGUGAGUACUCAAUUUGUAAAAUAAAGACUUGUUACACUGCACCUGGCA